AUGUGGGUUCUCCAGGCCUUGGCCAUCAUGUUCAGCAUCCAAGCAGGAGUACUUGACCUGGUGGAAGUGCCCCCCGAGGUGCGCAAUCUUCCUGUUGCUCUUCCUGCUCCGGUCAAUUUCCCUGCAGUUCUCCCAGGUUCUCCAGUCCUCAGUGGUCCAGCCAAAAAUCCCAUGCUACCUCCCAAAAGGCCUGGAGCUCCUUCCAGAGGUGGAAAGUGUGCACCUGCAGCCAGAUACUUCCUCUCCAGUGACAAACUUCAGGCCUACCUCCUGAGCACACUGCCCCCACAGAUUGAGGACAUGGUGAAGUGUGAUAAAGUUAACAUGGAAGGCGUGCUUGGGGAUGUCUUAGCCACGAUGCAGGACUCUAACCUGCUCUCCAUCUUAGAUAUCACUUCCCUCCUGCAAGGGGGAGGAGGGCUUGGCCUUGGUGGACUCCUAGGCAAAGGAGGUAAUGAGGAUCCCUCAAAGCCCUCAUCAGGAUCCAAGGCCACUGGUGGCCUUGGCCAGCUACUCCCAGAGGGCCUCCCAGGCAAGGAAGGCCUGGGCGGCUUACUAAGCCUUGGUGGAGGCAAAGGCUCUGGAAAAGGACUCCUGAAUGGGGAUGGGCUCUCCAAUGUCGUGAAGCCUCUGGAUGACAUAGUUGAAAAUGUGGACAGUCUGAAAGCUGCUGUUCAGGACAAAGUGAAGAGUGUGGUCCCAGAAAACAUCAAGGAUCCAUUUUCAGAUCUGCUCAGCAUGGAUAUCCAAGAAACUAUGCUCAAAUUAAAGGUGAAACAAGUAAAAGUGGGCAGCACGGAUAUAAACAUGGGAGCUGAUGGGAUCAAAGUUCUCUCGAAGUUACUGCCCGGCGAGAAGGAGAAGGGUGACUUGCUUGGACCAGUCUUCACCCUAUUGCAGUUUCAAUCUGUCAUGGAUGUAACAAUGAACAUUGCUGUUUCCUCCAACAACACCCAGUGCGUCAACCUUGAUGUCCAAGACACCCACAUGCAUGUCAAGGAAAUGAACAUCCAGUUAGUACAGACUGUCACAGAAACUGUUCCUCUGCCUACGGCUCUGCCCUUGAAUGACGUCAUCCCAAUAGUGCUGACAGCAAAAAUGAAUGAAAAUCUGGAAAACUCCGACUCUUGUGGUAUCGUCCUCAGUGACUUCAAUGACUGCAAGAACACUACUGGCUUAUUCAGUUACCAAGUUCACACUGCCAGGAUCUCUCCCAAAGGACUUUUCAUCGACUACUGUGUUAAAGCCAAUAUAGACAACAAAACAGUACCCGUGCCUGGAGGUCGGCUGCCUCCAGAUCCCAAAAACGCCAACGUGUCCAUAACCGUUGCCUCCUCAGCACUGAGGACACUUGUGAAAUACGUGGCCAAACAGGGCUCUGUUCAGAUGAAUGGCCUGGAAGCACAAAUCACCUAUAUAGCCUUUGCCCCCCAGGAAAACAAUAUGCUCAGAUUGCUGUAUAAGGUUGACAUAACAAAGGACAGCCAGCCCUAUGCCACUGGGGAAACGAAAUUAUUCAUCUCCCAUGCCAGCAAGAUUUUAAAUUCUAAGCUGAUACCAGAUGUCAAACUCACAAGGUCUGAGCACAGCAUGGUGCCCCCUGAGACUAAGGAUGAAGUAGAAGGCAUUAUGGCUGAAGUCACAAGGAAGGUCUGGUCCAGAUUCGAUGAGAUGUAUAAAAAAGAUGAGUAUUCGGACGGAGUGUCUUCAAAUACUCUAAAUAACUCCGAUGUCAAAUUGCUGAGAUCAAAUGACCUUCAGGCAGCAAGCUGAAGCCAGCACUACUGAACCCAAAGUACUGAACGACAGCAAAACCCCCUGCAAAUUCU